UAUGGACGGCACCAUGGAGCACCCCGAGGCGGUGCAGAGGGCCACGUCGCUCAUUGAGGAGCGGCUGGCGCAGGAGGAGGAGAGUGAGAAGCUCCGGGGCGCCGCCCACGAGAAGCUGCCCAUGAACUUGCUGGUGCUGGAGGACGAGAAGCACCACGGGACCCAGAGUCCGGCCUUGCAGAAGGUCCAGUUCCGCCGGACAGCACUGCACCGGGCCUCCCUGGAGGGCCACGUGGAACUCCUAGAGAAGCUUCUGGAAAGUGGGGCCACCGUGGACUUCCAGGAUCGGCUGGACUGCACGGCUCUGCACUGGGCCUGCCGCGGGGGCCACAUGGAGGUGGUGAAGCUUCUGCAGAGCCGAGGAGCAGACAGCAACGUGCGGGAUAAGCUGCUGAGCACGCCCCUGCACGUGGCGGUCCGGACGGGGCGCCUGCAGAUUGUGGAACACUUUUUAUCCCUGGGGCUGGACAUCAAUGCCAGAGACAGGGAAGGGGACAGUGCCCUACACGACGCCGUGAGGCUUAACCGCUACAAGAUCAUCAAGCUUCUGCUCCUGCAUGGAGCCGAUAUGAUGGCCAAGAACCUGGCAGGAAAGACCCCCACGGACCUGGUGCAGUUGUGGCAGGCUGACACCCGGCAGGCCCUGGAGCACCCAGAGCCGGAGGCGGAGCAGAACGGACCGGAAGGGCCCCCUGGGAGCGGACGGGAGACCCCCUAGCCCGUGCCGGCCCCGUGAACGCCUGCCUGGGCUCAGCCAGGCACCCGGGUCCUGCCCUGUGCGCAGCCCGAGGGUCCUAAGGAUGGCCCCCAGAGCCGGGGGAGGACCCAGCCUCUCCUCUGCAGGAUCCAGAAGCCCCCACCAACUAUCACAAUAAAAAAGUUGUUUUUGCAACUCGCGAA